UAAGCCGCGAAGAUUUGCGCGUAACCAGUGGACAACAUGCGGUGGUGAAACGCACCUGCUCAGUUGACAGAGUCCACGUCAGUCACUGUUUACCCAGGCAGGUAUGGAAAUGUGUGUUUGUUGGAAGGGGCCUGGCUACGAAGGAAGGAGCGUUGUGCUGGAAUUUUGAGCACAAGAAAACAUUUCCAAUUCCAAAGCAAAUGCAAGUUUUUCGAAAUAUUUUUCACAUCACGAGCAAUCUCUGAGAAUAACCCGCGCAACCAAAGCUUUCAAGACCAUCACGUCUGUACUUAUGUUCAAUUCAAGUUCCAAGAUAUUCUCGAAGUCUUUGUUUUUUCAAGAAAAUGUCUGCCUACAAGAUCCUCAAUCUGACCCUGCCCGCUUGCCCUGACACCCACCCCUAGGCUAGGUUUUUCCAUGAGCUUUGCCGACCUUCGAGGACCACAGGCCCAGGACAUACAUCAGACGAAUUCAUACAAUGUAGUGCCAUCAAAACAGGGCGCGCUUUUGCGCGACGCUGCGGUCGCUUUGGCCGCUCUCACCAACGAGUUGGCGCGGGGCGUUGGCGGGCGGGCGAGCGGAGGUGAUGGCCGGGGUGGCGGAGGCGGUAGCCGGGGUGGCGCCCGGGUGCAGAAGCCUCCGGGCACUGGAAAGAUUAAGGAGACGAAGAAGGAGACGAAGAAGGAGACGAAGAAGGAGACGAAGAAGGAGACGAAGAAGGAGACGAAGAGGGAGACGAAGAAGGAGACGAAGAAGGAGACGAAGAAGGAGACGAAGAAGGAGACGAAGAAGGAGACGAAGAAGGAGACGAAGAAGGAGACGAAGAGGGAGACGAAGAAGGAGACGAAGAAGGAGACGAAGAAGGAGACGAAGAAGGAGACGAAGAAGGAGACGAAGAAGGAGACGAAGAAGGAGACGAAGAAGGAGACGAAGAAGGAGACGAAGAAGGAGACGAAGAAGGAGACGAAGAAGGAGACGAAGAAGGAAACGAAGAAGGAGAUAACGGAGGAUGCUCAGCUUCGCAUGUUCGUUCCGAUUGAUAGAACGAUACCUUAUAUCGACAAUCAACUGGAAGAAUAUGCGAGAUCACCUGCCCGGGUGAUAACAACGAUCAAUGAUCGUCGUCAAAAGUACCAGGAAGACGGUGAUUCCCUGGAAGGGCGACCUUUCCUGUGGGACACCAUGCCACGAGGUCAACCAAGGAAGGAUUGGACUGGCCAAAUCGCCAUUUUGGGGCUGCAAGAUGACGCUGGCGAUCCAGAUAUUUCGAAAUGCACUCCCGGAAAGUCCAAUUUCCGAAAAAUGGGCAAAGAUCCCAGAUAUACUGGCCAAGGCCGGCGCCCGGCCCAGCCAAAAACGCAGGACGGUCGUAACCAUCGACUAUCAUAUGUCGAGCCGACAGUGCUGAGUCCGACUGGCAAGCACCAAGUCAUCAGCUGA